ACCGCGACACGACAGGCCCUGAAUAUACAAUGUCGGCCACCCUGGCCACCGCUAGCUCCGCCGUCUCUACUCUAUACCGUAUUGUAGUCUAUCUCUUCCUCCAAGUCGUCCCAAAAAGCGAAGCAAAGUGGCUGAUUCCUAUCCUCUAUAUUCUCUAUGUCGCGACAUCCUAUUUCUCCACACCCCUCUUCAAUCGAGUCGCCGUGGUCAAGGAAGAGAUCGUCGCUGUCCAGGAGGAGAAACCGGAAGAGAACGGCGAUAUUGUCACCGACGUUGCUGUAGUCGAAACUACCGCUGUUGUAUCUGUCCCCGAGCCCCUUGAUUGGAAGUCUGCGCUCUCUACGGUCAUCUUCUCAGUCCCUUCGCCCGUCCGCGCACUUCGCCUCGCGAACCUCGCUAUCAACACCAUCCUCCUGUUUGCUGUUAUCGAAUUUCUCGCUGUCCCCUACUUUGACGACGCGUCAGGCGUCGUUUACACUCGCGUCGGCGCUCUCACACCAGAUGCAGCUAAAAUUGUCGUCCGUUACCCCCCUUCGGCCAACUCUACUGAGAACCUCGUUCGCCUCUCCUACCGUCAGGUCAAGUCUAGCCCCCAGGCAUGGCGCGAGGGCCCUAUUGCAAACCUGACCGCUGAGAACGACUGGGUGCAAACUGUUCGUCUGACUGGCCUAUGGCCGACUACGACCUACGAAUACCGCUUUGAGGACGUCAAUGAUGCCAACAUUACCGUCCUUCCCUACCCAGCCGAGCCCAUACGCUUCCGCACCUUCCCUGAUUCGCGUCUCCACAGCGGUUCCCACUUCCGCUUCAUUGCCUCUUCAUGCAUGACCCCCAACUUCCCCUACGCGCCCCUGCAGGCACGUAGAAUCAAGGGUUUGGACCUCCUUGCCGACUAUCUCUGGCCUUCCAAGCCAGAAGCUAUCUCAUCGUCCAGCCCCCUUGUGUCUAGUCUGUCCGAAAGCGUGUCUUCUACUGUUGAGGCAGCUGCGACCACUAGUAUCGCCUCGUCCGAGAAUACUACUUCUCCCGCUCCUGCUUCCGAUGUGAUUCCUCCCGUGGCGGCAACAGCUGUUGAGAAGCCUGCUCCACCGACGGAGUUCAUGGUUUUCAUGGGUGAUUUCAUUUAUGCGGAUGUGCCUGUGUACUUCGGCAACGACAUAGAGGCUUACCGCCGUCUCUACCGCCGCAAUUACAACAGUCCGAGCUUCCGUAAAGUCUACGAGCGAUUGCCCAUCUUCCACACGUACGACGAUCAUGAGAUCAUAAACAACUUCGUCGGCCAAGGAAAUAGCUCGCAAGAGCCCUUCCCUAACGCUGCGGAUGCUUUCAGCUUAUACAAUGCGAAUGCCAACUACGACUCCCCUGCUGAGGGUCAGUACUACUACGAUUUCCGCUACGGCGAUGCGGCAUUCUUCGUCUUGGACACCCGCCGAUACCGUUCCGAUAUCACCUCCGAGGACCCCACGACGCACACGAUGCUUGGUGACCAGCAGCUCGGAGCACUGUACAACUGGCUUGGCAAGGUGAACAACACGGCAGUGUUCAAGUUCAUCGUGACCUCCGUUCCCUUCACAUCGCUUUGGACGCACGACGCCCUGACGGACUCGUGGGCGGGCUUCCCCGUCGAGAAGGCCACGUUGCUGAGCGCGCUUCAGUCUGUGCCGAACGUGAUCCUCCUCUCGGGUGACCGCCACGAGUUCGCGGCGAUCGAGUACGAGAGCGGGGACCAUGGCCACAACGUGCUCGAGAUCUCCACGAGCCCGAUGAGCAUGUUCUACGUGCCGUUCAUCCGCACGCUACGGCCGCGCAGCGAGGAGAUCGUGAACAAGACGGUGGAGGAGGUCUUGGUGGCUGAGGAUGGGACGAAGGAAGUGUUGCAGUAUGUCGUGGAGGUUCCGAAGGAGAAGGUCAUCAAGUAUAUUGGAGAGGGGAACUAUAAGUGGUCCUCGAUUGAGGUCGAUACCAGGGAUCCCCAGCACCCUGUAGUGAGGGUUGAGAUCAUGAUUGAUGGCAAGCCCGCAUACCACCUCGAGGUGCUCGGCAAGCCCGUGAAGCUACAGAUCUCUACAUCUAUCGGCGCGCUCGUCCCGCAAUCCUUCAAGGGGAUGCUUGACAAGAUCGGCAUUAAGCCGAGCAAGUGGUUCUAGACUCCAGACUCCUCAUUCUCAACGCACUUCACGCUUGACGUUCUCCUGCGAAUGCUUGAUGACUUUGACUUAGGUGUGUUUGCGCGACGAAGGUUAGACGUGGUGCGGGUGUACUGGUAUCCUUCACUGUGCAAUAGUCGAUGGUGCGAUAGAUAUUGGAUUCGGACUGCGAGACGUCGUGUUGUGUAUUAUUCCCCUACUAUCAUGCAAUGAACUUGGUAUGUUACGAUACGUUUACCCCUCUUAACGAA